GCUUUGCCAUCUUAUUUGCCCGUAAAAUUGCGCUGCUAUGCCACAUCGCCAUGGAGACAACAGGCGGAAAUGCAACACGAAGGGUAGGCCAAUGUCAUGUCAUCAUGAUCCUCUCUUGUCGGCUACACGGCGUCACGUUACGUCUCCUCACCGGCGAAUUGGUGCCGAAAACGGGUGGGUUUCCAAGGAAUAAGCUCAAUCACUGGUUUACCCAAGUCGGAAUUGUUUUUACCCCUUAUAUUGACCUAUGUAGAUAUUUGUCUGUCUAUAUAAGAGUGGCUGCCCGUAGGCAUCAAGCUACACUGUUACUUAUCUUGUCUUCAUCCGCCUUUGAUACUAAAAAGCCCGAUCACUCCUAUCCUACACAUUCAACUCACGUUCGCUACCAAGCAAACCCAUCUCACUACCCGCCAAAAUGAAGUUCACUUCCACCAUCGCGGCCGUCGCCCUCGUCGCUGGCGUCUCUGCCCAGCAGGCCCUCGUCCACAACAAAUGCCAGGAUACCGUCUACGUCCAGUCGUUCCCCUACGACGGAUCUGCCGCCGGCCCUUUGACCACCGUCAAGACUGGCGAGACCUUCUCUGAGGACUUCCGCAAGUCGGGCUCGACCGUCAAGGUCUCCAAGACCAAGACCUUGGACACCCCUCUAUUCAUCGGCUACUCGUUCUCGUCGAACCCAGACUACGGCUACUAUGAGCUAUCCAGCGAGUGGGGCAACCCCUUUGCCGACAAGAGCGUGAUUAUCUCCCCCGGUGACGGCUGCCAGUAUUUCAACUGCGCCCCCAACGACGCCGGCUGCUACAGCCGCCCCGACAUGAAGAAGGUCUACGGUUGCCCUCUCCCCAUCAACGUCGAGGCUACCCUCUGCGCCUAAGCCUACGGCGCCAUGAAUGUCAUGAAAUGAGAUGAAAAAGAAAAAGGUUUUAUGAAUAGGGGCGGUUAUAGCCACCAUCUAUUUAAUGAUUAAUCAAUGAAUGAAUAAAAUAAAUAAAAUAAACCGCUUUUAGCGCUCAAGACACACAAAAU